AUGUUGGCGAGACAAACCACCUGUAGACUCGCGGUUGGCACCGUUCGCCAAGCUCACAAAGCACUUAGCGUUCCCUCGAGGUCUUAUCGUGCUUCAGCCCACUCGGUCUUCCAAGAACAGCAGAGCGUCCUCCCUAACAAUGUCGAUCCAUCCUCGGACGACUUCACGGCCAACAAAACGUACAUGGACGGCCUCGUCGACAAGCUCGAUGCUACCCACGCCAAACUUGCACUCGGCGGGAGCGAAAAGGCAAGAACACGACACGUCUCGAGAGGCAAGAUGCUUCCUCGUGAUCGUGUAGCUGCGCUGCUUGACCAUGGCUCGCCCUUUAUCGAGCUUUCAAAGCUGGCUGCCUACGAGAUGUACGGCAAUGACGAGAUCCCAGGCGCUGGUAUGAUCUCUGGGAUCGGACGUGUCUCGGGCACCGAAUGCAUGAUUGUUGCCAACGACCCUACUGUCAAGGGAGGAAGCUACUAUCCCAUCUCCGUCAAGAAACAUCUCCGUGCGCAGACCAUUGCUCGCGAGAACCGCCUGCCGUGCGUCUACCUCAACGAGAGUGGUGGAGCUGCUCUGCCUCACCAGGCCGACGUCUUCCCCGACGAGAACCAUUUCGGACGCAUCUUCUACAACAUGGCUCAAAUGUCGGCGCUCGGCAUCCCGCAGAUCUCCGUUGUUCACGGUAUCAGUGUAGCUGGUGGUGCUUACGUGCCAGCGAUGGCUGACGAGACCAUCAUUGUCCGCAACCAGGGUACCAUCUUCUUGGCCGGACCUCCACUCGUCAAGGCAGCGCUCGGCGAAGUCGUCGACGACGAGACACUUGGAGGAGGUGAGAUGCACUGCAGCGAGUCCGGUGUGACAGAUCACCUCGCUGUCGAUGACGCCCACGCCAUCACGCUUGCACGAGAGGCGGUGGCAAACUUGGGUCUCUGCGGUCGCUCCAAUGCAUUCCUCACAGACGUAUCCUUCGAGCAGCCUCUCUACGAUCAGUCCGAACUCCACGGCAUCAUCCCUGAAAACGCGCGAAAGCCAUUCGACAUCCGCGACAUCAUCGCACGCUUGGUAGAUGGCUCGCGCUUCCACGAGUUCAAGAAGCUGUACGGCAACACGAUCGUCACAGGUUUCGCCAAGGUCGCAGGUCAGGAUGUCGGCAUCAUCGGCAACAACGGCGUGCUUUUCGGAGAGUCGGCCAAGAAGGCCACCAGCUUCAUCCAGCUUUGCAACCAGCGUCAGAUUCCGCUUGUUUUCUUGGUCAAUGUUACCGGCUACAUGGUGGGUACCAAGGCGGAGCGAGGAGGUAUCGCGAAGGACGGUGCCAAGAUGGUACGAGCUGUUGCAUGUGCCAACGUGCCCAAGUUUACGGUCAUUGUCGGAGGCAGCUUCGGAGCCGGCAACUACGGCAUGUGCGGUCGAGCCUACAGUCCUCGCUUCCUGUGGAUGUGGCCCAACGCGCGUGUCGGUGUGAUGGGCGGCGAGCAGCUCAGCUCGGUCAUGGGAACGGUGAGCAGCGACAAAUCUAAGCAAGAGGGGCUCCGAGACAGGAUCGAAAAGCAGACUUUGCCCGAAUACGCCUCGGCCCGCCUCUGGGAUGAUGGUAUUAUCCGACCGCAAGACACACGAAGCAUGCUGGCUCUUGGAUUGAGCGUUGCCAACACUGGUCGAUGGAGGAGCACUCAACGUGGCGAUGCAGGCGGCUCGCGUCACCCUGCAUGGGACGGUAACAGCUACGGCGACGGUGUCUACCGGUAA